CUGGCUUUGCGCGCACACAUUGUCCAAGCUGCCGUCACGGCAGCACCCGAGCGGGUGCCUCAGUGUUGGGUGCCAAUGCGGGGAGGGCGCUGCAAACACGGGGCUCCUCCGCCGCCUAGGUGGAAAGUUCGUCGCUGCAUCGGACCGACGGAGCCUUGACUAAGAGAGCAGCCGGUCUUUCUGCGGAGGGGGGGCGCGGAGUCUCGCGAAGGCGCUUUUCUCUUUCCAGUCACCGCGCAAACUUUGCAUUUCCUCGCACGCUUCCUUUUAAAAAAAAACCCUCUAAGAAAAAGGCAGCUUUGCCAGGAAAACCUCGCAGACUAAAAGUAGCACUUGUGUCGUGAGCAGACCCUGAGCUGGGGUAGCCCAGAAGAUGACAGAGUACAAACUGGUAGUGGUUGGAGCAGGAGGCGUUGGGAAAAGUGCACUGACCAUUCAACUGAUUCAGAAUCAUUUUGUUGAUGAGUAUGAUCCUACCAUAGAGGAUUCGUACAGAAAGCAAGUAGUCAUCGAUGGGGAGACCUGCUUACUGGACAUCUUGGACACAGCUGGCCAAGAGGAAUACAGUGCCAUGCGAGACCAGUACAUGAGGACAGGAGAAGGCUUCCUCUGCGUCUUCGCUAUUAACAACACCAAGUCCUUUGAAGAUAUUCAUCAGUAUAGAGAGCAGAUCAAGAGAGUGAAGGACUCCGAUGAUGUGCCCAUGGUAUUGGUGGGGAAUAAAUGCGACCUUCCUGCCCGGACUGUGGAAACGCGACAAGCCCAGGAGCUGGCUAGGAGCUACGGGAUUCCAUACAUAGAGACAUCAGCCAAAACUAGACAGGGAGUCGAAGAUGCCUUCUAUACUUUAGUGCGAGAGAUCCGGCAGCACAAACUACGUAAAUUGAAUCCCCCAGAUGAAAGUGGUCCAGGCUGCAUGAACUGCAAAUGUGUAAUAUCAUGACCAAGCAGACCCGACUAUGACUUAGAAGGCUUUCUACUGUGUGUAGCAUGGAAAUGGAGGCGAUGUGAAAAUAGAAUCAAAUGGAUUCGGGGAAAGGAGAGAUGGGGUGGUGUCUGCAGGUCCCCCCCCCCCCCAGGGGCUCCACGUGGACAGUUUUAAAAAUUCAUCAAGGCCUGCAAGGAACUGUUUUAUUGUUUAAAUCCCACCCUUCCCCCCCCUUUUUUUUUUUUGCCUUUCCCCCCCUUCCCGGCAGUGUGUACAAAGCCACAUAAGGAAUUGCAGUAAGUUAUUAUUUGGUGGUCUUGACACUGGUUUUGCCAUCUCCAUCAUUGUUCCAAGGGAUUGAUUGACAGUGUCUGAAAGGAGGCUCAUGCAGGGAAAGACCCACCUCGUUUCUUCAAUCAGCUUGAGCUCAGCUCACCAAGGGCAAAGCCUGGAUGCAUCUGCAGGUGGACUGGCUCCCCACUUUGGUGCUGCAAGGCAUGUAAGGCAGGGAGCAAAGUCUUGAUUCACAGCUUGAAGGGCUCCAUCUGAAAGGCUAGCGGUUGUCAGCGGAAGAUCAAGGCUUUUUGGAAGGUACUGCCAAGAAGAUUCACUUGCCCGUCAUUCCACUGGUGGGAGCGGAAUAUGCUGUCAUUUUCAAGAAGGGGGUAGGAAGGGCAUAAAAAUAAUUACACUUGUAACUUUUCCAUAUGUCUCUGCCCAUUGAUUUAUCUCUCUGUAUACUGGGAAGGUAAUUAAUGCCCCUCUCAACUUUUGGCUAAGAUUGUCUCCCCUGUGCUAGAACUACCAAGUCGUCGUUCUUGCACAGUAGAUGGUCAGUCUGGUGGACAUUCUCUUCAGGCCUACAGUAUCCUCAAGAGUACUUGAGAAAGGGGGUGGAGGGGGAAAGAGGGGUGCCAGUUUUUAGAUGUUUGCCUUUUUUUCUUCUUCCUUUUUUAUGGUGUCGGGAGAACCUAUAAAGGUAUAAAUUGACUCUACCUGAACCUGUUGAUGGAGACUGGAGGAUCUUGGAUUUUUCUAACUCUAAAUUCAAUGAGCCCAACCUUUUUUGCUCAUUCCCUGCUCCAUCAAAGGGAAUUAGUCCUUCCAUAUAUCUUUAGGAGACGGGAAACUUUUUGUAUUUUAUUUUCCACAACCUUUGUGUCUUACAGGCUGAUUGGGAAGAAUUAUCCAGUGGGCAAGAAAGGUUGACUUGUAUGUAGGCUUUCCUGUUUGUUGUUGGCAUGGUCUUCCCCUCCCCUCCCCACGCCCCCCCCCCCAGCCUCCCCAAGAUUUUUAUGAUUGUUGCCUGUGUCCAGGCUGUCUUCCCUGGUGUGCUUAUUGCAAAAUUUGUGUACUACUUGGAGGUGGAGCUGGUCUUUGGAGACAUGGGAGCCUAUUUCCAUGUCCCUGCUCGAUUCUCCACUCUCCCUUGUAGCCGCUGUGCCUACGUAAUUGCAUGCACAGCUCCGAAUCCUGCUGUCAGGGAGCAGUUCCUCUGUAUGUCUGUGACUGUACUUGCUGUAAUUCAAAGCUCUUCUGGUAAGGUACCACAACCAGACCCCUCAUCACAGGCUGAAUUAAAGAAAACCAGCCUAAUAAUUAGAUAACAAGCAUGAUUUUUUAAAAAGUUGUUGGGAGUAUUAAAAAGAGAACCCAAACCUAGCCUUAAAUGUCAUUAAAAGUGAUUUUGUUCUCAAAAGUGUUGGUGUGUAUACUGUACCUUUUGGGAUUUAUGUUCCUUUUAUUCAAACUCCCUGUACUACUUUGUCACCCCUGCACUGUAUCUCAGGAUGAAAAUAGUUAUGGAUAUUUAAACCCCAGGAAACAGCUUCGUUGUCCACACAUUUUUGCCACUGGAAUACAUGUCUUAAAAAGUAAACAUUGGUUCAUUUUUUUUAGUUGCUUAAAAUGCCUGAUUCAUUUCUGGAUGGAUUUACUAUUUGAACUGUUUUUCUCAACACCCGGGAUCCAGGCUGUCUUAAUAGCAGGAUGGCUUAUUGUAGAUUUUCACCAGAUAUUGGGAGAGGCCUCUGUUUGUUAUAAUGAUGGUAUCAAGAUGAAACAUUGACAAUGGUACUACAGCAUCAGAUCUACAGGCAGCUUAUUCAAAAAGCUUAUCUCUUGGGGUGCCCCCCCCAUUAUUCCAAGAACUAAUUUCUCAUAAUGGGAUUGCAAUUGGAGAUAGGAGCUUGAUCCAUUGAUUUCCACCCAUAUAAUUCAAAAGAACAAUUAACUAACUGAGAUGCUUUCUAAUUUGUUGUAGUACCUUAACAGGGCAAAGUGAAUUUUAACAGAAAUUGAUAACUGCACUUCUAUGCAAAGGUAGAUGCCCAGGAAUGUCCUAAGGGAGUAACUAUAAAGCAGCAGGAUUUAUUCGCUGUUCCCUUUUGUUAAAAUAGCCCAUGCUUUUCAUGGGUUAUGAGCUAUCCAGAGAAAUUGGCCAAAGCAGAAAGACGGCCACUUCACAAAUUCUUACUCUUGGCUUGGAUUCUAUCGCUACUUGUAAUGGCUAACGAACUUUAAGCAUCUGUUUACAUGAAAAAAAGGAGUGUUCCUGAAUUAAGGCAUUGAAAUCUAAUAAUAAACCAGAUCAAAUCCAACAUGUUGUGGCUGUUAAACAGUCUCUGGUUAACUAUGCAUAAUUAAUUAUCUGCCCCAAUGCAACCUCAAUAGGGAUUUUUCAGCACACACCUUUUUUCAGAACUAUAAUUAUUGGUGGCUCCACUCAGUCCUGGUUUAUCAAUUCUACAUUUGGGCAGAUAGUAACAUGAAAAAACAAGCUGAGUUCAAAACUAAAGUAGGGUUUGGAUCAUCCCUUUGUGUAUUUUAAAACCACAGUAUUUUUUUAAAUGCUUAAUUAAGGCAUAGUAAUUUAGCAUAGACUUAACAGCCUCAAAAGUCUAUGCUAUUAAAAUUCAGCAGGCAGGGAAAUUCUGUCUUGAGAUACUGGAAUGCUGUUGGUUCGUUUAUUUUUGCUACUGCUAUGCCCAUGUAAUUAAAGAACUUUGAUUAUUUUUUAAUACUGUAAAUUUUUUUAAAAUGGUACAAAGGGUGAAGCAGUUAAAGCCACUACUAAAUUCUAAUUUCUCAUUAACUGGUAUAGCUGAUUUUACAGUGCAGCACCUGGAGGGCCAUGGUACCUAUUUCUUAGGAGAAAAGAUAGAAUAGGCUGUUACGGCAUAAAUGUUUUAUACUACCAUUCUUUACACCUAGGAUAACCAAACUUCAGCAUUUUGUGUUUUGGAAGGCCCAAUGCUUUCCCAUCAGAAUAGCCAUUAAAUCUGUCCACCACUUUUCCCACUUUUAAUAUAAAAGGAUACUUCAGGUUCCUUCCCUCUAUUUUUCAAGCAAUCUGCCCUCCUACCUCUGGCCUUCUUGCUGCACACCUGUCAAUCUGCAACACCAUUGCUCCAAACAGAUAUUUCAAAUUGUUAAUUCAUGAAAAUACUUGGACACUUUUUAAAAACACAAUGAUAACUUUUGUAAACAAA